UUUAUAUUUGAGGGGGCGGAGCUUGCGUCCAGUGAGUUACUUCGGUGAAGCUUUGUGGCGUUUGGUAGGCUAAGUGUCAAACGUAUUUAAGCCUCUUUAAAUCUUUAGCAAGCCCCCAGAUUUGUACGAUGAACAGCAUUGUUAGAACCACAGCUCGGUGUCUUCGAUCUGGCGCGUGGCAGUACAGAACAGCGCAGACUAAUGGAGAUCUGCUGACUGGCCGGGCCCGCCUCAUGUGCUCCUCCUCAGCGGCCCAGAAGACUCUGGAGGAGAUGGUGAAGAAGGACAAAGUGGUGGUUUUCAUUAAAGGCACCCCCGCACAGCCUAUGUGCGGCUUCAGCAACGCCGUCGUCCAGAUCCUCAGAAUGCACGGGGUCGACAGCUAUGCUGCUUAUAACGUGCUGGAUGAUCAGGAUAUCAGACAAGGAAUAAAGACUUUCUCCAACUGGCCGACGAUUCCACAGGUGUUCUUCAACGGUGAGUUUGUUGGCGGCUGCGAUAUUCUUCUUCAGAUGCAUCAGAGUGGAGAUCUGGUAGAGGAACUUCAGAAGCUGGGAAUCAGAUCGGCUCUCCUGGACCAAGAAAAAGAGUCCAAGUAGGAGUCCAGUCAGCAAAGACGAGUCUUUGGGAUGAUUGUCCAUUGUAAACCUCCCAAAGGUUGACUUGUGAAGAGUGACUUGACCUGCUGAAGUCCAAACUGUCCUCAGACGACUGAAGGAAGUGAUGUCAAACCUCCCAAAUUCUGAAAAAUCACUGUAAAGCACUUGACUUAGAACUACCGUAUUACACAUGAAGAUUGCAUUUCUAUUGCAGUGUGCUUGUCUUUAUUUCAGAUACUCUAAUGUUAGACCACUGCAUAUUUAAAAUGUUGUAUUUUCAAAUAUAUUAUUAAAUGUAUUUUAGAUGUAUAUCAUUCUUUGUCAAUAAAAUAAUUUAAAACACG